CACCUCCAACCAAAAUGCUUUUUCUCUAUACAACUCUGUGAACCAUUGAAGAUAGAGCCAUUUACCAAAUUACUAACACACACCAUUUUUUUUUUCUUUCUUCUCAAAUCCAAACAAACAAGAAAACAACAAAGGGCAAAAAAUAUACAUUAGAAAAAUCCCCUACCCCUUUGCUUUGCUUUGGAGACUGUAAGCUUGCUCCCAAUUCUCAAAGCUGUAAUACUUAUUACUUAAUUCUUUCUAUAUUCCUUCUUUCUGCAAAACCCCCACAACCCCAUAAACCAAAACACAUGCUCUUUGCUUAUAUUUACCAACCCCAUUUCAUCCUUUACUUGUAAAACCUGUUUUCUUGAUUUGGGUAUAUCAAGAACAUAGCAAAGAUGAUAACUUUAUCUGAUUUCUACCAUGUUAUGACUGCUGUUGUGCCACUUUAUGUAGCUAUGAUACUAGCUUAUGGCUCUGUGAAGUGGUGGAAGAUUUUCUCACCAGAUCAGUGUUCUGGAAUCAACAGAUUUGUUGCACUUUUUGCAGUUCCACUUCUAUCUUUUCACUUUAUAGCUGCUAAUAAUCCUUACGCUAUGAACUUGAGAUUCAUUGCCGCAGAUACUCUGCAGAAACUUAUUGUUCUUGGGGUUCUUGCUGUUUGGGCUAAUGUAAGCAAAAGGGGUAGUUUGGAAUGGAGUAUAACUCUGUUUUCACUAUCAACUCUUCCAAAUACUUUAGUUAUGGGCAUUCCUUUGUUAAAAGGAAUGUAUGGUGAUUUCUCUGGGAGUUUAAUGGUUCAAAUUGUUGUAUUACAGUGUAUCAUUUGGUACACUCUGAUGCUUUUUAUGUUUGAGUUUAGAGGUGCAAGAUUGCUAAUUUCUGAGCAGUUUCCUGAUACUGCUGGUUCAAUUGUAUCUAUUCAUGUUGAUUCUGAUGUCAUGUCAUUAGAUGGUAGACAAGUUUUAGAGACUGAAGCAGAGUUAAAAGAAGAUGGAAAACUUCAUGUCACUGUUAGAAAAUCAAAUGCCUCAAGGUCUGAUAUAUUUUCAAGAAGGUCAGGUGGAUUUUCUUCAACUACACCAAGACCAUCUAAUUUGACAAAUGCAGAGAUUUACUCUCUGCAGUCAUCAAGAAAUCCAACACCAAGAGGGUCUAGUUUUAAUCAUACUGAUUUUUACUCAAUGGUGGCUGGUACUGCUGGGAGAAACUCAAACUUUGGUGCUAAUGAUGUUUAUGGUAUGUCUAAUAAUUCAAGAGGGCCAACUCCAAGACCUUCUAAUUAUGAAGAAGAAAGUGGGAAAUCAAGAUUCAAUAAUUAUCAUGGUGGAGCAGCAGCACCACAGAGUAAUAGUAACACUCAUUAUCCAGCACCAAAUCCAGGCAUGUUUUCACCUAGUAAUAAUGGCAACAAAGCACACAAGAAUACAGCUAAAAAAGGAGAUCAAGAAGGUGGCAAGGAUCUUCAUAUGUUUGUUUGGAGUUCAAGUAACUCUCCUGUUUCUGAUGUUUUUGGAGGACAUGAUUAUACAGCUAAUUUAGACCAGCCUGCAGGCCCUAAUAAGGAUGUGAGAGUACCUAUCUCCCCUGGAAAAGUUGAGGGGCAAAGGAACAAUAAUCAAGAAAACUACAUGGAGAGAGAUGAUUUCAGCUUUGCAAAUAGAGAUGGAGUUGAUCAAAUGAACAAUCAAGAUGGUGAAAAAGCUGGAGAAAACAAAGCAAAAGUAAUGCCACCAACAAGUGUAAUGACUAGGCUAAUACUCAUCAUGGUUUGGAGAAAACUUAUUAGAAACCCAAACACUUAUUCAAGCUUGUUUGGUCUCACUUGGUCUCUAGUUUCAUUCAGGUGGAAUUUGAAGAUGCCUGCUAUAAUUGCACAGUCCAUAUCUAUACUGUCAGAUGCAGGACUUGGCAUGGCAAUGUUCAGUCUUGGUCUGUUCAUGGCUUUGCAACCAAGGAUCAUAGCAUGUGGAAAUUCUGUUGCAUCUUUUGCUAUGGCUGUGAGAUUCCUUACAGGUCCAGCUGUUAUGGCAGCUGCUUCCAUUGCUGUUGGUCUUCGUGGAACUCUAUUACACGUGGCAAUUGUACAGGCAGCUCUACCACAAGGAAUUGUUCCUUUUGUCUUCGCUAAGGAAUACAACGUUCAUCCUGACAUUCUUAGCACAGCUGUGAUUUUUGGGAUGUUGAUUGCGUUGCCGAUUACAUUGGUGUAUUACAUAUUUAUGGGACUUUGAAGAGGGACUUAUAAUUCCAUGCAAAUUAAUAUUUAAUGCAUGCAGCAAUUGGCAUGGAGAUUAAAAAAAAAGCUCACAGCUUUUUUUUUUUGUUUUGUUAAUGAAAAGAUUUAGUUUGUAACAAAGUGAUGAUGAUGAACAAGAAGAUAUUUGUGCUUAAUUAGCUGAAACGUAAUUAAUUAACUUUCCCUAGUUCAUUCAAAUGUCUUUUAAUGGAUUAUCUCUUUGGUACGUAAGUAGUUAAGUUGUAAAAUCAUGUUUAAUUUUAUUUGUAGUCUAUUGAUUAGCGGAAAAAAAAAAUGAAAAUUUUAAUUCCUAGUUUA